UCGACUGGCAAAAACGGGCGCCCUCUUCACGCUCGCCUCGAUCGUCCAACGGCGCGACACACAUACUGCGAACAGCUCUAUCUGGGCCCGGAAACACCUCUUCGCGAACGCCAUGGGUCGCCGAAGAAAGCCAUGAGGGAACGUAACUGCUUGGCUUCGUUUGCAACACUCCACCACCACACGCGCGGACAUCGACCAUGGGCUGCGGGGCGGCCAAGGCGGCGGCGCCGAAAGCCGAGGUGCCCGCACCGCCCGCACAGCCCGCGCAGCCCGCACCCCCAGAGAAGCCCCGUGCGGUCGCCUUCGACGUUCCCCUGGGCGACUCGCCGCCGGCAGCUCCUCCCGAGCGCUUUCAGAGGCGACCUGCCGACUGUCCCACGGUGACUGCCGAGGCGCUGCGUCAGAAGCAGGCCAAGGCCGAGCAGAGGCGCCAGGAGGUGUUAGAAGAGCGGAUCCGAAACUCAAAGAUGUUCUCCGACAAGGCGCUGCCUGUGGCGGUGACGUCAACCGAUGCCUAGCAGUAGUCAUGGCACUACAAGCACCACGCUGGGUUCCCUGCCAGGUGCAAGUUCCCAACCAGGGCAUGCUGUGGACGUCGCAUCGAGACGAGGCCAGAGGAGUGGCAAUUCUUCGCUUGCGCGCUUCACCCUGGACGCGACGCGCUUCUUCUGUCUGCAGGCCUGGAGUAUGACACUGGAAGCAGCGCAAGUUCUCCAAGUUGUGCACACAUGAACGCGGUUAUGCUCACCUUCUAUCAUACAUGGCAUCCUUCACAUUGUUGCUUGUCACACGACACUCGGAGAAGUAUGCAUGGAAUCAAGAACACCACGACACCCUUUCAGGCUUUCCAAACAUACCCUUUCGGUAAGAGCCCUUUGUACAAUCAUAUAAGUCACAAGUUUCAUAAGUCGAUCGUGCAGUGUCUGCAUGAAACAGUAUUAUAACGACAUCAUGCCGCGUGGCAACCCAGGGCAGGAAAAGAAAGAAAUAUGCUGUUUUCGUUGAUGUUUGUUAUCAAAAGAUGCUGCUGAGCAGAAAAAAAAAGGAAUUGCCCCAAUACGACGCACUGUUAGAAUCUGUGUAAGAAACAUUGUUUUGUCUCGCACUCAUGUUAAGCGUGUCGUUUUUUACUGUUUUACUGGCGCAAAUGACCAUUUCAAUGGUCUCGAAGUGCUAAGCUGCCACGAGCGAUGGUGCGAAAUAAUGCGCUUCUAGAUGCGUUCGCACGUUUGAAUCCUCUCAAAGCGCAUGGCUGCCACAAGCAGAACAGAUCGGUAAAAACUGAGCAACCAUGAGCCAUUCAAAUCUUCCGCCACGCAAUGCGGUCGUUUCUUUUGUUUUCAGCAAGUUCUACCACACACAAGAGUUGGGGGAGAGAGAGAAUGAGCUCUUUGUUGAAAUGCAAGUAGUUCUACCAGUGUAUAUGCAUGUAGGCACCUACAGAAAGGCCUGAGGAUGAGGAGGGCGGGAAAGGAAAUAAAAAGAAAGAUAAGAUACGAUCGAUGUACGUACACGUGAGACAAAGGUGAUGGUUUUGAUGUAAACAGCUAGCUUAGAACUUUUCAUUUGAGCCAAUGUCUUGACGGAAAAUGAGAAAGUAAAGUUUAAAGCUUGAUGUUGCUUUGAAGGAGAAGGCAUAGGAACUAAUGUAGUAUACAGGGACACUAAUGUCGCCCUGUGAUUCUUUGUAACAACGUUACACGAGCCGAAAUUAUUUUAGUAUCCAGCCCUUUUAGAAGUGUUUGUGCGUUUCUAAGCAUCAACGCGCAUUUCAAUAGUCUCAAAGUGCUAUUGCUGCCACGAGUGAAGAGCGGUAAAGAUGAGAAUUAUGCGCGGACUUUAAACGGACAUUAAAGGACUCGUAUUUGGUCACCUGUGGGAACAGAUUUCUCCCAGUUGAAGAACAAGAGAGGGUGGCGCUACCUUCCAAUUUUGUUGAGGCCUACACUGCAACGGAAAAUUGCACUGCGACGCGUGCGUCUGCAUCGUUAUUUAUAUAUUUUUUUGCUCCAAUUCCAGCAUGGGCAAGUCCGGUUCUUACUUCUUCGAAUCCAUAUGUUCAUUUGUAUACAUGCACAUUCAAAUACAUGCACACAAUGAAGUGUACCUGAAGAGCCUUCUACAAAUGAAGAAAAUAAAACCUGCAACGCUCAAACUA